GCUCCCUGCGGCGGAGUUUCCUCCUGCUCCGCGCGUGGGAGGCGCAGGAGGGAUUUGAGGGUUUUGUCUAAGUCUUCGGAGGGAGCCAGAACUCAAGCCACCGUUGGAUAGGAGCAGGCCCGGGAGGAGCAGCCGCUCUUUUGUUUUUCCCAGUCUCUCAUUGAUUCGGCCACCGUUAACUGAACGUGUGUGCAGCGCCGUGCAGAUGAGCAAAAUACAGCUCGCUGGCGGGUGCUCACCGUCUCCCGCGACAGGAAGGCUGUAGGCAGGCUUCAGCGCUGGAGCAGGGGCUCUGGGAUCACGUAUGUGAGGCAGGCCUUGGUGGAACGCAGGCAGGUAGAACUCAAGGCCACAGUAAGAAGUACUCGGGAGGGAACUAGUGUCAUGGAUCCGCAGUAAACAAAAAGCCACAUUCUGGACAUCUGGAGAAUUCAGCCUGAGAAAUAAGGAAUUCUUUUUAUCCCAUCCAGGUCCCUUUCAAGAAGCUUGAAAUCCCGUAGACAGUGCCAAUCUUAACGGGGUCUUCCCUUUGAGCCCCUCCUAAUUAGCGGGAGUCUUUCUUUUCAACUCAUUAAAAUUUUUGCUGGUUGCUCCGUACUCAUCCGCUGGCUUCAUCCUUCGAGACACGAUCCUGGGAAGAACGGUAACAUCUCCACCGGCAUCAUCUUUUGGGGGCUGGUUCAGGAUAAGACGUCGAAGGCAGAAGUGACGGGACACAGUCUUGGAUACAUCACUUCCUACUGAAGCACUGGCUGUCUGAAAAAACAAGCUCCACUGUGAACGAGGAGGACUCCCUGCCUCAAUAUUCCUGCAAGCCUGUAGACGAUCUGAAGCACCUUUUCAAGCAACAAACACCCAAGAUAAGUACCCAUGAUUCCAGAUUCCUGAAUCUUUCUUGGCGUUGUUGUGGGAGUGGGACUUGUUAUUUUCCAUUUUCUCCUGUGUUAUUGUGAACCUCCUUCCAUUGGUUGGAAGUAUUUCUGUCCCUGUUGGGUUUAAACCUUGAAAAGCAAUGGCCUUAACCCCGUCAUUAUUACUAUUAUUGACUCCUUCCUUACUGGUUCCUCUCCAGGCAGCAGUGCAUCCCCUAACUCCGGUAAUUAACAAAAUUGCUAAUCUAACUAACCAAACCAACUGCUGGAUCUGCCCCCGCCGAGAUCAUCUGGAGGAUGAUAUAGGUCUCCUUGGCAUUCCGAUAUCACUAGAAACUAUUGCUAAUACUAUAGCACAGUAUUGGGGGUUUUCUUAUACAAUUUACACUACCACCAGAAAUGCUGGGGUUGGUGGAGGUCCGCGACCCUUCGAUCCACAGUGGGUCUCUCCAACACCAGCUGAACAAGUAGGCAAAGUCCAUCGCCUAGCUGCCAAAGCCAGUCUGUGCUUCUCUAAUUCCUGGGGCACUGGUCCUCUUUUAGGAGUCCUCAACUCUUCUUUCUGUAAUACCACCUUUAUGUAUAAUCAUACCUUUCAUGAGUGGGAACCACAAUUCCAGGGGGAUUCCAUUGAAGAGGAAGAUUUUGACGUCUUUAGCCUUACCCACACCACCACCUGGGAGCCAUAUUUCCGAGGCAACACCUCUGGCCUCUGGUUAUGGUGGGGCAAUAAUAAAUUCAAUGCCACCAAACAUUAUGCUAGCGAGUCUUGGACCAUAGUCAACAAUUCAUUGGGGCAAGAGACUCUUGGUAUUGGAACUGAGACAGGGACAGUCCUCAACAUCUCCAGUGGCAGUCCCCAACCUUACCCUCCCUUUAAUGUCAUUCAACUCAUUUUCAGAAGCCUUCGCUGUCAGAUUCCUCAUACUCAUAACCAGUCCGUUGCUGACUUCUCUCCCUUAUGUGCAGAUGAUUAUUUCACAGGCAUACGACCCUCUACUUUUGACCCCUGGGGACCAUGGGAUCCUUCUAUUUUAGCCAAUUAUAGUAGCCUCCCUACCUCACACAAAUAUGCUUGGCUACAAGGAUGGUCCACUGGAGUCACACUGGCUGGAACCGGACUAUUCUUCCUUUGUGGAACUAAUGUGUACUUGACCCUGCCUAGGGGAUGGAGAGGGCGGUGCACAAUAAUUGCAGCCAUACCUGAUGUACUGACUCUUAACAAUACUUCCUUCCCCACCUCCGGGCAACUGCCUAACCUGGGAUCCUUUCUGGAUGUGUCACUGCGGCACCGGCCGAGACGAAGCCUAGUGCCCCAGACCCCUGAUUUCAGUGGACUAGCCACCAAUAACCCUAUGUUAGAAUUGAAUGGCCUGGGAUACUCCAUAUUCCGUGGCCUCUUUUGGUUUAUAGGGAUUCCCGAACUCGAGAGGAGCAUUAGAAACAUCUCCCUACUAAUGCAGGGCACCUGGAAAGUGACAGUGGCCGCAAUAGAAGCCCAGCAAAAAGCUUUGGAUUCUUUAGCUCAAGUGGUCCUCCAGAAUAGGAGAGCCUUAUAUUUGCUCACUGCUGAGGCCACUGGCACCUGUGCUAUGCUCAAUGAGACCUGCUGUUUCUAUGUCAAUACCUCAGGUCUAGUAGAAGAGAAUCUAGAAGAGAUCAAAAAGAAUAUCCACUUUUUUGAUGAGCUAAUGAAAAGAGAGACACAAGACUCCUGGCUAGUCCAGAUCUUCAAAUCCCUCAUGGGGUGGGUGUAGCCCUGGUUGGCAUCGUUCAUUCCCCUCUUUAGAGUGGUAGUAUUUGCUCUCAUAUUUGGACCUAGUUUACUUAAUCUUCUAAUUAAAUUUGUGUCUUCUCACCUAGAAGCCAUCAAGCUCCAGAUGGUGAUGCAAAUUUAACCCCCAUGACAGUCCCUCUCAGCUUUUACCAGGAGACACUAGAUAGGCCACUCAGAGUGAAUCCGAGCUGCCAUUCCUCAGUCGUCGCCCAUUGACAGCAGGAAGUAGCCUGAGCAGUCUUCGCCCUUCUCCCUAAUGGCAGUAUGGUUACCUCUUCUGAUGGGGGAUUGAGGCAGGACUUACUGGGACAGGCAGAUAGAACUCAAGGCUCUGGUAAGGAGAAGUCAGGAGGGAACUAGGGUCAAGGCUUCACAGUAAACCAAAAGCCACAUCCUGGACAUCUGGAGAAUUCAGCCUGAGAAACAAGGGAGUCUUCAGAUACCAUCCUGGUCCUAGCAACACCUCCCAACUGAUCAUAUGGACUUGCCCCUUUCAAGAAGUUUAUAAUCCCCGAGACAGUGUCACCUUAACGGGCUCCUCCCUUGGAGCCCCUCCUGAUUAGCAGGAGCCUUUCUUUUCACUCCUCAUUAAAAUCUUUUCUGGUUGCUCCACA